CUCCACUGGAUGGCGAGUGGUACAAGAGGAGCGGGCUCUUGGAAGGGAAGGAUAAAGACAAGACCGGGGAAGAGAGAGAGAGAGAGUUUGAGAGGAACAGGGAGAGGGCGGGAGAUACAGCAGCUGUAAAAAAGAGAGAAAAUCCCGGCCCAGCCUCUGUAAGCAUCAUUUCUCACAUCGGAUUUUAUCCGUUCUCGUCGCAACCAAUUUACGCCAAGAUAUGAGUUUCACCCACUGAAGUUACUUCAUGCUGAACUGAACGUGGUCCAGUGCUGUCCUCAGCUCUCCACUGUGCUGCCUCCUCCCAGUUCAGAGCCCCUCCAUCUGUCUGGUGUAAGCAGCCAUGACUAAGUCCUAUGAGUUUAACUGGCAGAAGCACCUGCCUGGCUUCAUGCAGGAAGGAGCCUCAUUCGACAGGUUUGACGAGGACCCGUUUCUGUUUGAGCCCAACUGUCUGGUCAAAGUGGACGAGUUUGGCUUCUUCAUCACAUGGAAGAGCGACGGAAAGGAGGGCCAGGUUCUAGAAUGUUCUCUGAUCAACAGUAUUCGAGUCGGAGCCGUGCCAAGGGACCCUAAGAUCCUGUCUUUGUUUGAGGCAGCGGGGAAGAAGGAGGAGGAGCUGGAGGGAUGUGUCAUCUGUGUUUGCAGUGGCACCGACCUCGUCAACCUGUCCUUCAUGUACAUGGUGGCUGACAGCCCAGACACUGCUAGGAAGUGGACAGAGGGUUUGAGGUCAGUGAUCCACAACUUCAGAGCCAAUAACGUCUGUCCUAUGACCUGCCUCAAGAAACAUUGGAUGAGGAUGUGCUUUCUGACCAAUGUGAACGGCAAGAUCCCAGUGAGAACCAUCACACGGACGUUUGCAUCUGGGAAAACAGAGAAAGGAAUCUUUCAGGCUCUGAAGGAACUGGGUCUGCCUAGUGGAAAGAGCGAGGAGAUAGAAGACUCAGCCUUCCCCUUUGACAUCUUCUACGCCCUGACUCAGAAGAUCUGCCCUCGUACUGACAUCCAGGAACUCUUCAACAAAAUCAAUGGGGACAAAAGUGAUUUUUUAAACGUAGACCAGUUAGUCAGCUUUCUGAAUGAAAAUCAGCGCGACCCGCGGCUAAAUGAGAUCCUGUUCCCCUUCUACGACCCGAAACGAGCAAUGCAGAUAAUCGAGAAGUACGAGAGAGACCCAGACCUCAAGAAGAAAGGCCGUAUGUCCAGUGAUGGCUUCUGCAGGUACCUGAUGUCAGAUGAGAAUGCCCCGGUGUUCCUGGACUGUCUUGAGCUGUACCAGGACAUGGAACAGCCGCUGGCUCACUACUUCAUUGCCUCCUCCCACAACACCUACUUGACCGGGAGGCAGUUUGGAGGAAAGUCCUCCGUGGAGAUGUACAGACAGGUUCUGCUCUCCGGCUGCAGGUGUGUAGAACUGGACUGCUGGGAUGGAAAAGGAGAAGACCAGGAACCUAUCAUCACUCAUGGCAAGGCUAUGUGUACUGACAUCCUCUUUAAGGAUGUGAUCUCAGCCAUCAGAGAAACAGCCUUUGUGACAUCUGAGUAUCCUGUGAUCCUGUCAUUUGAAAACCACUGCAGUAAACCCCAGCAGUACAAGAUGGCUCGGUACUGUGAGGAGAUCUUUGGAGACUACCUACUGAGGCAUCCUCUCGAGGGAUACACUGUUGAAGCGGGUCGUCCCUUGCCUUCUCCCAUCGACCUCAAACGCAAAAUCCUCAUCAAAAACAAACGCUUGAAACCCGAGGUGGAACAGAAGCAGUUAGAGUCCUUUAAGAAGCACAUGGAGGCUGGAGAGACCAACACACCAGCUAUCUUACUGGGAGCAGAGACAGAGGAAGAUGUGGAGAAUGCUCUAGGUGAUGUGAAGGACGUGAACCCUGACAUGAAGAUCAGUACAUCAGAGGAGCCUAGUGAAGACAACAGCCUCAGCACCAGUGUCAGUGUGAAGAAAGAAGGAGAGGAUCGGGACAACAGCAUCAAAAAGGUUGUGGAGGAGGAUCCAACAGAGAUGUCUGAGGCCACAGAAGCUACAGACACCACAGACAUCUCAGAGGCUUCUGAGGAUAACAACAUCAAGAAGACUGGAGAGACAACGGAUGACGAGGAGGCUCUGAUAGCCUCGUACACGUACGUCGGAGCCACCACCAACAUCCACCCCUACCUCUCUGCCAUGGUCAACUACGCACAGCCAGUCAAGUUCCAGAGCUUUGACGUCGCAGAAGAGAGGAACAUCCAUCACAACAUGUCGUCAUUUAAUGAGUCAGUGGGUCUGGGUUAUCUGAAGAGCAACGCCAUCGAGUUUGUCAACUACAACAAGCGUCAGAUGAGUCGGAUCUAUCCUAAAGGAGGCAGGGUGGACUCCAGUAAUUACAUGCCUCAGAUCUUCUGGAACGCAGGCUGCCAGAUGGUCUCCCUUAACUACCAGACCCCAGAUCUGGCCAUGCAGUUGAACCAGGGAAAGUAUGAGUACAACGGAUCCUGUGGGUAUCUGUUGAAGCCAGACUUCAUGCGUCGCUCAGACAGGAUGUUUGACCCCUUCUCAGAGACACCUGUGGACGGGGUUAUUGCUGCUACCUGCAGUGUACAGGUGUUUUCUGGUCAGUUCCUGUCUGAUAAGAAGAUUGGGACCUACGUAGAAGUAGACAUGUACGGGUUGCCCACGGAUACCAUCCGCAAAGAGUUCCGCACCCGCAUGGUGAUGAACAACGGCCUGAACCCCGCCUACAACGAAGAACCUUUCGUCUUCAGGAAGGUGAUUCUGCCAGACCUGGCUGUGCUGCGUCUAGCUGUGUAUGAUGACAAUAAUAAGCUGAUAGGUCAGAGGAUUCUACCGUUGGAGGGUCUACAGGCAGGAUACAGACACAUCUCUCUACGCAACGAAGGGAACAAGCCUCUGUCUUUACCCACCAUUUUCUGUAACAUAGUACUUAAGACCUACGUACCUGAAGGCUUCGGAGCCAUCGUGGAUGCUCUGUCAGACCCAAAAAAGUUCCUGUCCAUAGCAGAGAAAAGAGCGGACCAGAUGAGAGCUCUGGGGAUUGAAACGAGCGACAUAGCAGAUGUGCCAAACGAGAGUUCGAAGAACGACAAGAAAGGGAAGGUAAACGCCAACGUGAAGACCAACUUGACGCCACAGACCAGCUCAGACCCGGCUCAGUCUUCUACUUCUGCCCAGAACAACACCACUGAGACCAAGAAGGAUAUAAAUGCACUGGUGCCUCAUGUGAAUAUUGAUGACUUGAAACAGAUGAAGACGUACCUUAAACUGAUUAAAAAGCAGCAGAAAGAGCUGAACUUUUUAAAGAAGAAGCACGCAAAGGACCGCACCAUCAUGCAGAAGUGCCACUGCACCCAGGUGGACAAGAUGAUUUCUCAGCACGACAAGGAGAAGCUGACACAGGACAAACUGCUGGAGAAAGCCAUCAAGAAACGAGGAGAAAACAACUGCGUGGAGCUGAAGAAGGAGACUGAGAGUAAAGUGGAGAAACUGAACACUGACCACAAAGCUAAGGUGAAGGACAUUACAGCCCAGCACACUAAGGAGUGGUCAGAGAUAAUAUAAUGUAAUAUUGUGUAUCCUGUGCCCUUCAGGUGAAGGACAUUACAGCCCAGCACACUAAGGAGUGGUCAGAGAUAAUAUAAUGUAAUAUUGUGUAUCCUGUGCCCUUCAGGUGAAGGACAUUACAGCCCAGCACACUAAGGAGUGGUCAGAGAUAAUAUAAUGUAAUAUUGUGUAUCCUGUGCCCUUCAGGUGAAGGACAUUACAGCCCAGCACACUAAGGAGUGGUCAGAGAUAAUAUAAUGUAAUAUUGUGUAUCCUGUGCCCUUCAGGUGAAGGACAUUACAGCCCAGCACACUAAGGAGUGGUCAGAGAUAAUAUAAUGUAAUAUUGUGUAUCCUGUGCCCUUCAGGUGAAGGACAUUACAGCCCAGCACACUAAGGAGUGGUCAGAGAUAAUAUAAUGUAAUAUUGUGUAUCCUGUGCCCUUCAGGUGAAGGACAUUACAGCCCAGCACACUAAGGAGUGGUCAGAGAUAAUAUAAUGUAAUAUUGUGUAUCCUGUGCCCUUCAGGUGAAGGACAUUACAGCCCAGCACACUAAGGAGUGGUCAGAGAUAAUAUAAUGUAAUAUUGUGUAUCCUGUGCCCUUCAGGUGAAGGACAUUACAGCCCAGCACACUAAGGAGUGGUCAGAGAUAAUAUAAUGUAAUAUUGUGUAUCCUGUGCCCUUCAGGUGAAGGACAUUACAGCCCAGCACACUAAGGAGUGGUCAGAGAUAAUAUAAUGUAAUAUUGUGUAUCCUGUGCCCUUCAGGUGAAGGACAUUACAGCCCAGCACACUAAGGAGUGGUCAGAGAUAAUAUAAUGUAAUAUUGUGUAUCCUGUGCCCUUCAGGUGAAGGACAUUACAGCCCAGCACACUAAGGAGUGGUCAGAGAUAAUAUAAUGUAAUAUUGUGUAUCCUGUGCCCUUCAGGUGAAGGACAUUACAGCCCAGCACACUAAGGAGUGGUCAGAGAUAAUAUAAUGUAAUAUUGUGUAUCCUGUGCCCUUCAGGUGAAGGACAUUACAGCCCAGCACACUAAGGAGUGGUCAGAGAUAAUAUAAUGUAAUAUUGUGUAUCCUGUGCCCUUCAGGUGAAGGACAUUACAGCCCAGCACACUAAGGAGUGGUCAGAGAUAAUAUAAUGUAAUAUUGUGUAUCCUGUGCCCUUCAGGUGAAGGACAUUACAGCCCAGCACACUAAGGAGUGGUCAGAGAUAAUAUAAUGUAAUAUUGUGUAUCCUGUGCCCUUCAGGUGAAGGACAUUACAGCCCAGCACACUAAGGAGUGGUCAGAGAUAAUAUAAUGUAAUAUUGUGUAUCCUGUGCCCUUCAGGUGAAGGACAUUACAGCCCAGCACACUAAGGAGUGGUCAGAGAUAAUAUAAUGUAAUAUUGUGUAUCCUGUGCCCUUCAGGUGAAGGACAUUACAGCCCAGCACACUAAGGAGUGGUCAGAGAUAAUAUAAUGUAAUAUUGUGUAUCCUGUGCCCUUCAGGUGAAGGACAUUACAGCCCAGCACACUAAGGAGUGGUCAGAGAUAAUAUAAUGUAAUAUUGUGUAUCCUGUGCCCUUCAGGUGAAGGACAUUACAGCCCAGCACACUAAGGAGUGGUCAGAGAUAAUAUAAUGUAAUAUUGUGUAUCCUGUGCCCUUCAGGUGAAGGACAUUACAGCCCAGCACACUAAGGAGUGGUCAGAGAUAAUAUAAUGUAAUAUUGUGUAUCCUGUGCCCUUCAGGUGAAGGACAUUACAGCCCAGCACACUAAGGAGUGGUCAGAGAUAAUAUAAUGUAAUAUUGUGUAUCCUGUGCCCUUCAGGUGAAGGACAUUACAGCCCAGCACACUAAGGAGUGGUCAGAGAUAAUAUAAUGUAAUAUUGUGUAUCCUGUGCCCUUCAGGUGAAGGACAUUACAGCCCAGCACACUAAGGAGUGGUCAGAGAUAAUAUAAUGUAAUAUUGUGUAUCCUGUGCCCUUCAGGUGAAGGACAUUACAGCCCAGCACACUAAGGAGUGGUCAGAGAUAAUAUAAUGUAAUAUUGUGUAUCCUGUGCCCUUCAGGUGAAGGACAUUACAGCCCAGCACACUAAGGAGUGGUCAGAGAUAAUAUAAUGUAAUAUUGUGUAUCCUGUGCCCUUCAGGUGAAGGACAUUACAGCCCAGCACACUAAGGAGUGGUCAGAGAUAAUAUAAUGUAAUAUUGUG